AUGCACCGAAGAGGGUCUCUAAGACGACGCGAAAAGUUACCGUAUGGACUUUAAAGUAGAAUAUUGGUUUAACGUUUCUGUCAUAGUUGAAUUAUGUUAAAAAACAACGGGAAGAAGACCGCCAUCUGCGUGGCCACCACUGCGGGGCUUUGCCUACUGACGCUGCUGGUCGCCGUGCGGCAUCACCGGGCUUAUGCGGAGAGCCUCCUCCGGGGGACGCGCACCGAGCGGGACAGCGGCGCCGCCGGGCAGAAGGGAUUCUCGGCGUACUUCAGCAAGCUGAACCGCGGGCGGAGGGAAGCGGAGAAGCCGCCGGAGGGAACCCCCGGCUCGGAGAAGGCGGACGUUCGCGCCUCACCUCCGCCGGCGGAAGACAUCAACCUCAACGACCUGUUCAUCGCGGUGAAAACCACCAAGAAGUUCCACCAGGCCAGACUGAACCUCCUGCUGGACACUUGGAUCUCCAGGAGCAUGCAGCAGACGUACAUCUUCACCGACGGCGAGGACGAAGAGCUCAAACGGAAAAUUGGGAGUCACGCCAUCAACACCAACUGCUCCGCCGCUCACAGCAGACAGGCCCUGUCCUGCAAGAUGGCCGUGGAGUACGACAAGUUCCUGGAGUCCAGCAAGAAGUGGUUCUGUCACGUUGACGACGACAACUACGUGAACGUGCGCACGCUCCUGAAGCAGCUGUCCCGGUACCAGCACACCCAGGACGUGUACAUCGGCAAGCCCAGCCUGGACAGACCCAUCGAGGCCACGGAGAGGCUGGGGGACAACAAGAUGAAACCUGUCAACUUCUGGUUCGCGACCGGAGGGGCGGGCUUCUGCGUUAGUCGGGGUUUGGCGCUGAAGAUGAGCCCGUGGGCCAGCGGCGGCCACUUCAUGAACACGGCGGAGAAGAUCCGCCUGCCGGACGACUGCACCGUCGGUUACAUCAUAGAGUCGGUAUUGGGCGUGCCCCUGAUCCGCAGCAACCUCUUCCACUCCCACCUGGAGAACCUGCAGCAGGUUUCACGCUCUGAGAUCCACAAGCAGAUCACUCUGAGCUACGGGAUGUUCGAAAACAAAAGUAACAUCAUCAACCUGAAAGGAGCUUUCCCCAUGGAGGAGGAUCCAUCGAGGUUCAAGUCCGUGCACUGCCUGCUGUACCCAGACACGCCGUGGUGUCCCCCCCAGGUUGUCUUUUAGGGCGACCGCUCCUUCCCCCCUCAUCCUCGUCCUCGCCGUGCCUCGGUAUCUGAAAGGCAGGCGAGGACCAGCGUCUUUCUCUUAAGGUCAUCGCGUCGCCGCCGCUGGGUUCUUUCCAGCGAGCGGCGCCCGGCCUUUGUGUUAAUCGGGCUGCUGUGCGGCACCGCGCUUACGGGACUACCCACCGCUUCCUGUCUAGAGCUUGGACAGGAAGUAGGUUUCUGCGUUUUAAUUAUUUUUUUUUAUAUUUUUAUUUUCCAAGCUUUGCAGGCAAUCAGUGGCGCUUGUAAAUGAAUCUGCAAUUCUCAUAGAAUGUAUUUGAUGUUUUCCAAGCCCUUUUUUUUUUUUUGCCAGCUUUACGCGACUUUUGUUUUGUCUUUCAAAAAUUUUCAAGCGUUUCAUUGUUGAUAUUCGAUGACUGCCGUUUUGUUAUUUGUCAGUAAGGCGGCCCAAUCUGAAGUUAAUCAGGACUAAGCACUUUUUUUUUUUUAAACGAAUUACAUAAUAUAUGUCCUGGAUUGGCUUCAGAUUUGUGUCAAAACUAGCAAAAUAUUUUAACUCACAACCCCAAAAAAACCUCUUUCCAUUCAUUUGUGUACACUUUAUAGCAGGGGUAGGGAACCUGUGGCUCUUUUGAUGCGGUAGAAAAUAGAUGGAUGGAUGGUUAGCUUCAGAAUAACAAUGUUAUUUAAAAAAAUGGGACAAGCGGUAGAAAAUGGAUGGAUGGAUGGUUAGCUUCAGAAUAACAAUGUUGUUAAAAAAACGGGACGAGCAGUAAAAAAUGGAUGGUUAGCUUCAGAAUAAUAAUAUUAUUUAAAAAAUGGACAAGCGGUAGGAAAUGGAUGGAUGGAUGGUUAGCUACAAAAUAACAAUUUUUUGUUAAAAUAACGGGACAAGCGGUAGAAAAAUGGAUGGAUGGAUGGAUGGAUGGAUGGUUAGCUUCAGAAUAACAAUUUUAUUAAAAAAACGGGACAAGCGGUAGAAAAUGGAUGGAUGAUGGUUAGCUAAAGAAUAAAAAAAUUUUUGUUAAAAAAACGGAACAAGCUGUAGGAAAUGGAUGGAUGGAUGGUUAGCUUUAGAAUAAUGUUGUUAAAAAAAAUGGGACAAGCAGUAGAAAAUGGAUGGAUGGAUGGUUAACUUCAGAAUAACAAUGUUGUUAAAAAAACGGGACAAGCAGUAGAAAAUGGAUGGAUGAUGGUUAGCUUCGGAAUAAUAAUGUUAUUAAAAAAACGGGACAAGCGGUAGGAAAUGGAUGGUUAGCUACAGAAUAACGAUUUUUUGUUUAAAAAACGGGACAAGCGGUAGGAAAUGGAUGGAUGGAUGGUUAGCUUCAGAAUAACAAUGUUAUUUAAAAAAACGGGACAAGCGGUAGAAAAUGGAUGGAUGGUUAGCUUCAGAAUAACAAUGUUAAAAAAACGGGACAAGCAGUAAAAAAUGGAUGGUUAGCUUCAGAAUAAUAAUGUUAUUUUAAAAAAUGGACAAGCGGUAGGAAAUGGAUGGUUAGCUACAGAAUAACAAUUUUUUGUUAAAAAAACAGGACAAGCGGUAGAAAAUGGAUGGAUGGUUAGCUUGAGAAUAACAAUGUUAUUAAAAAAAACAGGACAAGCGGUAGAAAAAUGGAUGGAUGGAUGGUUAGCUUCAGAAUAACGAUGUUAUUAAAAAAAUGGGACAAGCGGUGGAAAAAAGAUGGAUGGAUGGAUGGAUGGUUAGCUUCAGAAUAACAAUGUUGUUAAGAAAAAUGGGACAAACAGUAGAGAAUGGAUGGAUGGAUGGUUAGCUUCAGAAUAAUAAUGCUAUUAAAAAAAACGGGACAAGUGGUAGAAAAUGGAUGGUUAGCUACAGAAUGACAAUUUUUUGUUAAAAAAACAGGACAAGCGGUAGAAAAUGGAUGGAUGGUUAGCUUGAGAAUAACAAUGUUAUUAAAAAAAACAGGACAAGCGGUAGAAAAAUGGAUGGAUGGAUGGUUAGCUUCAGAAUAACAAUGUUAUUAAAAAAAACGGGACACGCGGUAGAAAAUGGAUGGAUGGGUGGUUGGGUUCAGAAUAACGUUAUUAAAAAAAAAUGGGACAAGCGCUAGAAAAAUGGAUGGAUGGUUAGCUUCAGAAUAACAACGUUAUUAAAAAGAAUAGGAGACUUAUUAUACUCAAAAAAUGAUGGUCUUACUUAAAAAUGCAUCCAUCCAUUUUCUACCGCUUGUCCGUUAAUGCACGUAUUUAGUUGUAUUCAGUGUAAAAAAAUAUGAUAUGGAAAUACAUUUCAAAACAUGUGUCCAAAAAGGUUCCCAAACCCCUGCUUUAUUCGAUGGCGCCCCUUCAUUGCACGCGUCACAAUCAGGAGAGACAUUAUGAGUGGAAGAGUUUUUGGAUUCAGGGUUAAAAUCUGCUUUUUUUUUUUAUUAUUAUUUACAAAGAUUUUUAAAAUUGCACAGCUGAAUUUCAAAUGAGCUGACGUGACCUCGUAAGUCGAGCCACAUCAGCGUGUCUGCGCGGAGUUCGCCCACAUUGGGUUCAUUUCAAGUGUACGUGAGCAUGAUGGCAGUAUUGUGUACUGCUUGUCUACAAAAUGUUGUCAAAUGUGAUUCUUUGUUGUCCUGCUUUUUAAAAGACAAAUUAUUCUCCAGCAUCUGGAGCGUCCCGACAGUUCAUUCCCAUGAGUUAGGAUUUCUCAGGCAUUAUGAGCUGAUCCUGAUAUUUAACUAACUCCGCCCCCCCUCCCAAAAAACUCUAAAUAAAAGUGCAUAACCACUGAGAAACUGAA